AUGGGCAUGAGCUACCGCCGCUACCUUUCUGGCAACCGCAUCUACGGAUGUUCGGGCUGCAAGACGCACCUGGCUACCAUCCACACAAUGAUAUCUCGCGUACGUUCCCUUUCAUACCCGAGCACCCCGCCUCGCCUUCCCCCUGGGCGGAGCGCUCAUGGUUUCUACCCUUGUAGGCAUUCAACGGCCAGCACGGGGAGAGCGUACCUCUUUGACACAGUUGUGAACGUUGUCGAGGGUGAACCCAGCGACAGGCAAAUGACGACGGGAAAUCACACCGUACGCGAUAUCUAUUGCGUCAAGUGCGAGACCGUGCUCGGGUGGAAAUAUGACUACGCUUACGAGGCGUCGCAGAAGUACAAGGAGGGCAAGUACAUCCUCGAGCGCAAUCUGCUCGUGGAUGUGCAGUGA